CCCCUAAAAGGCUUCCUAUACCAACCAUCAUCAUGUCCUUGAGCCAUCAUCACCAGCGCCCUCGAGUCACGGUCAAUGGCGUCCGGCGAAUGAGAACUUUCCAUUACUUCUGGUGCUACCAUUGUGGACGAACGUUGAGAUUCGCCUCUAUAAGCCCACACGAAAUGUUCUGCCCCCAUUGCUUCGGAACCCUAAGCCCGGAGCUUGACAUGUCAAGUCCAAGGCUGGCCGGUCGCCGGCCGUUUGAACCCGCACCGGCGCCGGAGAGGUUGCUAGAAUCACUUUCCCUUAUGAUCCAUCCAAGAAGAAUGAGUCAUUAUAACGACCAUCCGUCAAGAAAUGAAGAACACUUCGCCGAUCGCUGGAUUACCCUCCAUUUCCCUCCGACGCCGCCUCCUCACCAAGAUUGUGAACGAGGACAGGCCGGGCCCGCCGCCGGCCUCCCCCACGGCGAUCGAAGCCCUGCCGACGGUGAAAAUCACGGCGAAAGACCCCAACUUCUCGUGUCCGGUUUGUAAAGAAGAGUUCGAGGCGGGAGAAGAAGGUAAGGAGAUGCCGUGCCAGCAUUUGUACCAUACGGGAUGCAUCGUCCCCUGGCUCGCCAUGCACAACACUUGUCCCGUCUGCCGGUACGCGCUGCCGAGUUGUGGCGGCGGCGCCGGCGAUCGGCAGCGUCCUGAUGGAGGUGCUCGUAGUAAUAAUAACUAUGAUUUGGAGGAGUGGACUUUGAACGGCGUGAAUUGGGUUAGGGAUCGUCUGUUUUCAGUGGGCCGGAGGCCCAUUCGUGUGCUUUCGGACUGGACCCUUCUCUGCAUGGAUAUGUUGGAUAGGAGGAUCGUUAGCGUAAUCAACACCGCCGAGUCUUCCCGCGAAGUAGGGGAUGAACUUGGCGACUCCGGCGGCCGGUGGUGGCCAUCUUGGCUCAUUUUGUGAAUAUGGGAUGCCUUGUAAGAUAAUUUCCUUUGCUUUAAAGGCACUGCAGACAGGGGGAUCGGAGAGCUGUCAUUCACAUUUGACUGGAGGAACCGAUGACUGAUGAAGAGAAGUGAUUUGAUUAGCAAUUCUUCAACUAACCAAUACACAUCGUAUUUAUGAUGGCUGCUGAAAUUUCCCCUCGAUGCCCGCCGGGGGCUUCUGGCCGAGAUUUGUGUAUAUGUAUGUAGAACAUUAACGAGUGAAUGUAUAUAACAUUAAAUUAAUAGAAGUACGUAUUUGUCAAAGAAUCAAGCUAUAAACGAAAAGGACACCGACUUUAUCCUGAAUGCUACGAUCAAUCCACGAUAGAUAUAAGCCCUCAUUACAAAUGGAGUUUUGGAUAUUAUAUUUUAACACUCUCCCUUAAUUUGAUCGAUAUUGGACAUCAGGACAUGUAACAUCAAUUUGUAGGAUAAGUAACAAUAUAUACUUACCAGACGUC